AUGGCGCAGCCGGCCUUCCAGCGGCGCCGCCGCGGCAAUGCGGAAGUCGAAGACGCGAGCCAAGGCAAGCUUGGCCCCGAGUUCCAGGACGCGGGGUGUCUGCUCAUUUCCGAGGUGCACCUCUUCUUUUCGCGCCCCGGCGAGAUGACCGGCGAGCGCGAGGCGGGCGCUUCGGGCGUCGCCCAAAAGACCAAGGAGUACGUCGACGAAUUCAGUCGGUACAAGGAGCAGUCGACGAUUCGUGAAGUGCGCGCUCUCUUGAUUAAGCACGCCGCGCAGCCGGACCUCGACGGGAGCACCGCAGACGACAAAGGCCUGCAGCUCUCCCAGUUUGAGAUGGCACAGCUGGCGAACCUCGCCAUCUCGGACGUGGACGAGGCACGGACACUCAUUCCUACCCUGGCAAACAAGGAUGACGCACAGCUCGAGUCGCUCCUCAACGAACUCGCAGCGAUCCGCAAGUUUGCCUAG